CACUUAAUCUCUUGACCUUUUUUAAAAGCUUGCUUCCGCUCAUCUGUUCUUGUCAUUCGUUUGAUCCUGGCACUUGCCCCCUUGCUUUCCGAUCUGCCCGUUCCCGUAUAGAAAGCUAGGCACCCAUUUUCAAACUUCACCCAGUUGUUCGAUAGUCCCGUGUCUGGCACGGUAGGGACACAUUGCAAUCAUGUCAUCGGGACCGGUGAAAUACAUUCGAUAUCUUCUCUUCGCCGCCGCGGGUUUGGCAGUUUUCUUUUUCCUCUCCAGAAGCGCAAUCCCAAUCCCCGAAACUAUCGGCUCGAAGUUGAACCCGUCCAGCUACAAAGAUAACUCUGCUUCUUCACCGUCCUCUCAUGACAAUGCUGCUACCCCGAAGGAACAUACCAAUGACUCUUCGGGGAGCGUGAGCAUCCCCCAGGAUGGACGGGUUAAUGCUACGUUUGUCACGUUGGCGCGCAAUUCGGAUGUUUGGGAUAUUGCUAAGUCGAUCCGGAGUGUCGAAGAUCGCUUCAAUCGCAACUACCAUUAUGAUUGGGUAUUCCUAAAUGACAAGGAGUUUGAUGACGAAUUCAAAAAGAUCACCACAGCCCUGGUUUCCGGUACCACCCAUUAUGGCGUUAUUCCAAAGGAACAUUGGUCGUACCCUGAGUGGAUUGAUCAAGAGAAAGCGAAAAAGGUGCGUGAGGACAUGGGCCAAAGGAAAAUCAUCUACGGUGAUUCCGAGAGCUACCGACACAUGUGCCGUUACGAGUCCGGGUUCUUCUUCCGGCACCCUUUGAUGCUGAACUACGAGUACUAUUGGCGCGUGGAGCCCAGCAUUGAAUUGUUCUGUGACAUCAGCUUCGACCCUUUCCGAUUCAUGAAGGAAAACAACAAGAAGUAUAGCUUCGUUCUUAGUCUAUAUGAAUAUUUUGAUACUAUUCCUACCCUCUGGGAUAGUGUGAAGAAGUUCAUGGACAAUCACCCGGAACAUAUUGCGAAAGGAAACUCGAUGGACUUCCUGAGUGACGACGGUGGAAAAACAUACAACAAGUGCCAUUUCGUAAGUUCCUCGCUUACUGAAACUUAAGUGAGCGUCACUAACCAGAAUCUUGUGAGCAGUGGUCGAAUUUCGAAAUCGGACACUUAGACUGGCUCAGAUCUAAGGAAUAUCUAGAUUACUUCGAAUCUCUUGACCACGAUGGUGGUUUCUUCUAUGAAAGAUGGGGCGAUGCUCCAGUGCACUCUAUUGCUGCUGGUCUGCUCUUGGAAAAGGAACAGAUCCACUUCUUCAAUGAGAUCGCCUACUACCAUAUCCCCUUCACCCACUGUCCGACGGGUGAGCAAUUGAGACUGGAUCUCAAGUGCCACUGCAACCCCAGCGACAACUUUGACUGGAAGGGUUAUUCCUGUAAGUUGAUCCUCACUGCUAUUUGGGGGCAGUUACUAACACAGUUCUCCAACCAGGCACUUCCCGCUUCUUCCAUAUU